CGUUUUCCACCGGCUCCUUCUCUUUGUCCAUCCUCCUCCCUGUUGAAGCAACAUCCACCUCAACACCAUGGCCAAUGUUGCCGAUACAAGACUCUACGAUAUUCUAGGAGUAUCCCCGUCCGCAACUGAAAAUGAGCUGAAGAAGGCAUAUCGGAAACUGGCAAAAGAGUAUCACCCUGACAAGAACCCAAAUGCUGGCGACAAGUUUAAAGAAAUCAGCUUUGCUUAUGAGGUGCUCACUAACCCUGAAAAGAAGGAACUAUAUGAUCGGUAUGGAGAGCAAGGGUUGCGGGAAGGAGGCGGAGGAGGCCCGGGGAUGGACGACCUCUUCUCCCACAUCUUUGGCGGUGGACUCUUCAGCUUCAUGGGGGGACAAGGAGGCCGCUCCAGAAAUGGGGGUCGAAGGAGAGGCGAGGACAUGGUCCAUCCACUCAAGGUCUCGCUGGAUGACCUUUACAACGGCAAAACAACGAAACUCCAACUUAGCAAGAACGUCCUGUGCAGUGCUUGCAACGGCCAGGGGGGCAAGACGGGCGCCGUCCAGAAAUGCACGGCAUGUCGGGGCCGCGGCAUGCGCAUCAUGAUCAGACAGCUGGCGCCAGGCAUGGUCCAACAGAUGCAGUCCGUGUGCACCGACUGUAACGGCGAAGGUGAAGUCAUCAGCGAGAAAGACCGUUGUAAAAAAUGUGAAGGCAAGAAAGUGGUGAAGGAGGUGAAGAUCCUGGAGGUCCACGUAGACAAAGGCAUGAAGCACGGGCAGAAAAUCACCUUUGGAGGAGAAGCGGACCAGGCUCCUGGGGUCGAGCCUGGAGACAUAGUCCUGGUUCUGCAUGAAAAAGAGCACGAGACGUUCAGACGGGAGGGGAACGACCUCUACAUCACCCAUAAGAUCGGCCUGGUGGAGGCGCUGUGUGGCUUCCAGUUUAUGCUCAAGCAUUUAGAUGGAAGACAGAUUGUUGUCAAGUACCCUGCAGGAAAAGUCAUUGAACCAGGCUCAGUCAGGGUGGUCCGGGGAGAGGGGAUGCCGCAGUACAGAAACCCCUUUGAGAAAGGAGAUCUGUUUAUCAAAUUCGAUGUCCAGUUCCCUGAAAACAACUGGAUCAGCCCUGAGAAACUGGUGGAGCUGGAGGACAUGCUGCCGUCACGGUCGGAGCCCCCCAUCAUCGGCGGCGACACGGAGGAAGUGGACCUGCAGGAUUACGAUGCCAGCCAGAGCUCGUCGUCUGGCGGCCGCAGAGAGGCGUACAACGACAGCUCCGACGACGAAAGCAGCCAUCAUGGGCAGGGCGUGCAAUGUGCCCAUCAGUAAUCUGUCUCUGACGUACAUACAUAAAUACAUAUGAAUAUCUCCCCGACCCCCCCAUAAAAUAAAUUGAUUCUGCAAGGGGAGGAGCGUGUAUAAGCUGCAGAGUAACAAAGCGGUAAGUCAGGCUCAGAUGUCCUGGUAGUUCCACAGACACAGAUCCAGUACAUCGUGCACCUUGUAAUUGUUAAUGUUAUUUACUCAAGUGCUGAAAUCAUUUGAUCUCUGUCUGAGGAGCUCACAUAGAGGAGGCCAGACUAUGACACUGCACCUACAUAAGAAUGUCAUAGAAAUAAGUUGAUGCCCCGCCCACUCACCUCCAGCUGCCCCUACUGUCCUCUCUCCUCUCUCACUAAAGUGGGAUCUUCUCAUUUAAGGGGAGCGUCACAAGAGAAGAUGAAACAAAUGCUUCUUGAUUGCAUAGUGUGUCAUACAUUUUUAUUUUGAUAGUAUUUACAUUAAUUUAAGAACUAACCAAUGUGCACACAGACCAAGCAGCUGAGCAAUGUGACAUAAAGAUUAUUUCUCAUUGAUUCUCGGACUCAUCCACUCGGCAACAUUUGUAGGACUUGUUUCUGAUUUUUAUUUUUUUUUUUUACUCUUUUUGUUUUCUUUGUAGGAUUUUAUGUUUUUGUUUUCUUUGCGUUUUUAUUCAAGCAGAAAUGUUGUUGUGUAUAUCAUUAAAGUGGUUGCUGGUAAGCUUUGUCGGCCACUCCAGUCUGAGGUGGAAUUUGAAAAGGAAAAAAAAAUCUGUGAAAUGGAAAAUAAAAAUGCUAUAGUCUGUUUUUGUGCUGAGGCCAUGUGCAUGUAAAAAGCUUUGGUUCUUGCACUUACCAAACAUAAAGCAGCACUCUUCUUAAGAAAUGUCUAUGAAGUGGUUGAAUAAACUGUUGAAAUAUC